AUGUGUCAAAUCGCAAAAUAAUUUCUCGGCCGCCACCGCGUGAAAAUAAUGGCUUCGGUGCUGUAUUUAGUAUCAAAACAAACAACCAAAACGAAUAAAAAUCUGUUAGAAAAAGUGCGAAGUUCACUACGAUAUCAUUCAAUUAACGUAAAUGAAAAUUGCCACCUUUUCACAAGAAGUUUAUUCACACAAUCGAAAUUCCUUGAGACUGACUAUGCACAGUAUCGCCCGGAAGGACAUAAUGGAAUUCUUAGAAACUAUUGGCAUGCGAAGUCCGUUCCUGUUCGGUUUGCAAGUGGGAAAACGCAACCCAGAACUACCGCCUUGGGCACAAAUGUGCUAGGGGGCAUUUUUCAGAAGAAACGCAAUAAAGGUUUCAAGACUUGUUGCUCACUCCAACCGGCAUUACCGUGUGUGGUUGCAUUCAGUACAUCCACCGCCUGUUGCGGUGCCGGUUCUCUCAAUGUUACUGCCGGUAUUCAAGCUUCCCCUUCGCAAGUAAAGCAACAACAACGUCCUGUACCGAAGACCUUUCAAGUCCCUACUUAUUCUCCGCAAACACAACCAAUUCGACCUUGUUUCCAUAUAGGGCAUCAUCCAGCUUCCGGGGAAAAUAUUGGCACUUACGACGGGCCUGAGAUCACUGCCACGGAUAUGAUAAAGGCUAUGGGGACAUAUAUUUGGCCAAAGGAUGAUGCACUCGUGAGAAAAAGGGUGCUGAUAUCCCUCAGUCUACUCGGUGGUGCCAAAGUGCUGAACGUAUGCGUGCCAUUCAUGUUCAAAAUUGGAGUAGACAACCUGAGCAACCUGAAUAUGGAUACGGUUCCUCAAGCGGCAGCCUCGAUGACAAUAGCCGUUCUGCUAGGAUAUGGCAUUGCUCGGGCCGGUGCCGCAGGUUUCAACGAACUUCGGAAUGCUGUUUUCGCCAGGGUCGCCCAACACUCGAUACGAAAAAUCGCCACUAACGUGUUCCUUCACCUACAUAAUUUAGAUUUACAAUUCCACUUGAGCAAACAAACCGGUGCUUUGUCAAAGACCAUAGAUCGUGGAUCUCGUGGCAUUAACUUUGUGCUGACGGCGAUGGUAUUCAACGUCGUGCCAACUAUCUUCGAAAUGGCACUGGUAUCGAGCAUUCUGGGUAUGAAAUGCGGUCUUGCCUAUGCCGGUCUUUCGAUGGGUUGCGUUGGAGUGUACAGUGCAUAUACCCUAGCAGUUACCCAGUGGAGAACGAAGUUUCGAGUAUACAUGAAUCAAGCGGAAAAUGAAGCUGGCAAUAAAGCUGUGGAUUCACUAAUUAACUAUGAAACCGUGAAAUAUUUUAAUAAUGAGUUGUACGAAGCGCAGCGUUAUGACGAUGUACUGAAGAAAUACGAAGCAGCUAGUUUGAAAACUAGUACAAGCUUAGCAUUAUUGAAUUUUGGCCAGAAUGCCAUAUUCAGCGUUGCUCUUAGUACGAUCAUGGUUAUGGCAGCAAACGAGAUUGUGAAGGGUAACAUGACCGUGGGUGAUUUAGUGAUGGUUAACGGAUUGCUAUUUCAGCUAUCUAUACCACUAGGAUUUCUUGGUAGCGUUUACCGAGAAGUACGGCAAGCCUUGCUGGACAUGAGAACAAUGUUCACUUUGAUGGGAGUUGAAAGUGCCAUUCAAAAUGUGGACAACGCUCCCGCAUUACGCAUUGACCGAGAGACCGCUUCGAUCGAAUUCAAGGACGUCUGUUUUCGAUACAAAAACAGUAACGACAUUUUUGAUAAGCUCAGUUUUACAAUUUCUCCCGGCAAAAAAGUUGCUAUCGUUGGUGGAUCUGGAUCUGGCAAAUCCUCGGUUGUACGCUUGUUGUAUAGGUUUUUCGAGCCGACCUCUGGCCAGAUUUUAAUCAAUGGACAAGAUAUUCGUGAAGUUGAUCUCACAAGCUUACGCAAAGCCAUUGCCAUAGUUCCGCAAGAUUCGGUGUUGUUUCACGACACUAUAAGACAUAAUAUUCACUAUGGCGAUUUAACAAAAAGCCAGGAAGAAAUGGAACAAGCCGCUCGAAUGGCCGAUUUGCAUGAUUCCAUCAAGAGAUGGCCCAAGCAGUACGACACUCAAGUUGGUGAACGUGGCCUUAAAUUAUCCGGUGGCGAAAAACAGCGAGUAGCUAUUGCUAGAGCGAUUUUGAAGAAUUCUCCGAUACUGAUAUUUGAUGAAGCCACCAGUAGUUUGGAUUCUAUAACUGAGCAAAACAUUCUGGAAGCGCUUGAGCGAGCGACGGAGCAUAGGACUAGUAUCUGUAUUGCCCAUAGACUGUCUACAGUCAUGGACGCGGAUGAAAUUCUAGUGCUAGAGAAUGGCUAUGUCGGACAGCGAGGUACGCAUGAAGAACUGCUGAGGAGUGGUGGACUUUAUUCAAAACUUUGGGAAACACAAAACAAAAUGUAUAACAUUGGAAAUAAUGUGAAAAGCAACAUUGAUAAAUAGCAGUAUAAGAUCUAAAUUAUGAGGAACAAACACAGUAGCGCAGGAAAAUAGAAGCUGUUGCAAUGCUUUAAGGAUGUAUAAAAUCGAUUCUGUACAUAUUUAUGCUUUUAUAGAAUAAAUAAAUCAUGCGAUGUUAUUUUAUAGGAACAUUAUUUAUUCGAA